AAUUCAAAACACUUUUUUGUUCUAUCUAUAAAAUGUUGUUACGUGGCGCUGUCUCCGCUCCUCUUCCACCCUGUCUCCGUUUCGGCCAAACCAGGGUGCGAACCCUCCCCCGAAGCGUCUCCGUCGCAUCGUCCUCCCCCUACGGUGGCGACUACCCGCUCUCAGUCUCCGACGAGGCGCUGGAGUCGCGCGGGUUCUUGUUGCGGCGCGACGCGGAGGGGCUGGACCUGGAGGAGCUGAACACUGUGUUCGUGGCGGUGGGUUUCCCACGGCGGGACGCGGAGAAGAUCCGCCUGGCACUGGAGCACACGCAGGCGGUUCUAUGGGUGGAGCACCGGAGGACGCGGCGGCCGGUGGCUUUCGCGAGGGCAACCGGCGACGGCGUCUUCAACGCCAUCAUAUGGGACGUGGUGGUGGACCCGUCGUUCCAGGGCAUCGGGCUCGGCAAGGCCGUCAUCGAGAGGCUGCUGAAGGAGCUUCUCGGAAGAGGAAUUUCCAAUAUUGCCCUUUAUUCGGAGCCCCGAGUUCUCGGGUUCUAUCGCCCAUUGGGCUUCGUCGCCGAUCCCGAUGGCAUACGGGGAAUGGUUUACUCCAAACGACAAAAGAAAAAAUAGGAUUUUUAUUUUCACU